CUCACACUGUCCCCGCCCCAAGUCCCGCGGACCAUAUCCUGAGUCCCUCGGAACUAUGACGGUGACCUUGGCCCAGCGGGCGCUGCUAUUGUUGUCGUUGCUCUUGGGGGCCAGCGCGGGCAGCGGAGCAGGUGUUAAUUUUCGUUUUGCUUCAUACAUUGGUGAUCACAUGGUGUUGCAAAAAGAACCGGCUGGAGCUGUGGUCUGGGGUUAUGGUAAAGUUGGAGGCAUUGUGAUAGUGACUCUGCACCAAGCUCAGGAAACCAUCAUGAGGAAGAUAGCCUAUGUGAAAGAUCAAUCUGAGACCUGGAUCGUGGUAUUGGAUCCUAUGAAGUCUGGUGGGCCUUAUAACAUGACAGCAGAGCAAAUCAUCAAGAAGGAGAGAUACAGCCAGACAGUAUAUGAUGUCUUAUUUGGAGACGUUUGGCUAUGCAGUGGGCAAAGUAACAUGGAGAUGUCAGUUUCCCAGAUUUUUAAUGCUUCAGAAGAGGAAGAGAAGGCCUUUGCCUAUCCAUUUAUCCGCAUCCUCACUGUUGCUCUUGUCAAGGCAGAGGAAGAGCUUGAGGACCUUACUUCAAUUGAUUUGCCAUGGUCUCUGCCUACUCCAAAAAACCUGGGCCAUGGGAAUUUUACCUAUUACUCAGCAGUAUGCUGGCUAUUUGGGCGCUAUCUGUAUGACACUCUGAAGUAUCCCAUUGGGCUGGUCUCCUCCAGCUGGGGUGGAACACCUAUAGAAGCCUGGUCAUCUUGGCGGUCAUUGCAAGCCUGUGGAGUCCCAAAGGAAGAGAAACAGAGUCCUUUCCCCAAUCUAUAUACUGGCCCUACUGACCACUCCAUACUUUGGAAUUCAAUGAUCCAUCCACUACUCAAUAUGACAUUAGAAGGAAUGGUAUGGUACCAGGGAGAGAAUAAUGCAUACUAUAACACUGAUCUGUACAACUGCACAUUUCCUGCUCUCAUUGAAGACUGGCGCCAGGCUUUCCACUAUGGCUCUCAAGGGCAGACACAGCGACUUUUCCCUUUUGGGUUUGUGCAAUUAUCUACAACUGUGUCUAAGGAAGAGGAUUAUGGAUUCCCAAGAAUCCGUUGGCACCAAACAGCUGAUCUUGGCUGUGUCCCCAAUGUGAGGAUGCCCAAUACUUUCAUGGCUGUGGCAAUGGACCUCUGUGAUAGAGAUUCUCCUUUUGGAAGCAUUCACCCUAGAGAUAAACAGACUGUGGCCUAUAGGUUGCAUUUGGGAGCCCGUGCUGUAGCUUAUGGAGAGAAGAUGCUUCCUUUUCAGGGUCCGAUGCCUGAAAAGAUAGAACUCUUAGCUGACAAGGAGCUUCUCAAACUUGAAUACCACCAGAAAAUCCAGGUGCAGAAGCAAGAUGACAAGAUCUAUGAGAUCUCAUGCUGCAAUGACCACCAGUGUAAGUGGAUUCCAGCCCCUAUGGGCAACUCCUCCUCCCAUAGUCUAGCCCUUAGAGUUGAUUCCUGUCAUGGCACUGUGACUGCUCUCCGGUAUGCCUGGACUACAUGGCCAUGUGAAUACAAACAGUGCCCCAUUUACAAUCCUAGCAGUGCUCUGCCAGCCCCACCAUUCAUCACAGUCAUUCCGAGUUAAGACUCAUGAUUAUGCAAAAUUUGGGGAAGAAAGGAAUGGGAAAAAAAUGAUUUGGGCUGAGAUUUAAUUUCAAUUUAGCUCUGAUAAGAUCAUGGAUGAAAUGCUCAGGUCUUAAAUUCCUGUUUGGUUUUCUAUAAAUAAUCAUGGGUGGAACCUUUAAGAAGCUAGCCAGAGGGUACAUAAGUGGCACAGUGGAUUGAGCAUUGGUCCUGGAGUCAGGAGGACCUCAGUUCAUAUCUGGCCUCAGGAAAAGAAAAAAAAAGUCAGAGAGAACUGAGUGGAUUUAAUAUUUUAGAUAGAAUAGUGUCACUAGUAUUGAUAUUUUCUCAUAGAAGUUCUUCACAUUCACAUUGUGAGAAAUCGUUUGGGAGGCACUAUUUUAAAUUUAAAAUUUAAAUGCUGUAGGAAAGCCCAAUAUUUAAGAAAGUCUGUUUGCUUUAAAGUGAAAUUAUCACCUAUUUUAUCUGUCUCUAAAUUUUGGGUUUCUGUAUAUUAUGUUUCUAAAGGAAAGCAAACUUUAUGAUGAUAAGCAAUAUAAAAAUAAAGUUAUUUUGGUUACUCUAGGGUGUUUUUUACCCCUUAUAAUUGCCUCUUAUUAAGAAUAAUACUUUAAUAUCAAAUUAUGUGCUACCUUUAAUAUUUACAAAAUACUUUCCUCACAACUCUGUUAUCAUCCCUGUUUUAUAGAUGAAGAAACUGUGAGGCUAACCCCAGAGAGCUAGCAAGUCAGGCAGGGUUUGAACUCAGGUCUUCUGAGUCUUUCUACCACCCUGUUCAAACCAUAGACUAGAUGCUUCUUAUAUUACUGGUUAACUUAAACCUUAUUAAGCCAGGUCUUAUCAAGCACUAUUAAAAGCAGUCUGAUGAAUGAAAGAAUACCAUAUUUAUUCCUAACCGAUAUUUUUAGCAGAAAUUAUACUGCUGAAAUUGGAAAAGUCUCCUAUCUUAAUUGGUGGUGUUCAGAAUGAACAGGGUAAAUCUGUAGGACUGCUGUAAAAAGUUUGGAAUAGGUAGUGGAGGCUUGAGACUAGUUACCUCAUGUAGCAAGACCAAGGAAACUAUUCCUAACAGUACCUAGUGAUGUCUAGAACAGAAUGGUAGUCUAGGAACAAAGAAAACUAGAGCUAGGAUAGCGGUGAUACAAGCCCAGACUUUAGGACUGUCUCUAGGGAAGUGGCAGAAAAGAUAAGGAAAAUACUGACUGUACAUAAAGGGCUAGACUUCUCUAGCCUCUAUAUGUAUGUUCAAGGCUCUUGCUUUCAAUGAAAUCUUACUAUAAAAAUAAUGUAGCAAUUUGGGCCAAAGGAAGGAUUCAGAUUAACAUGUAGAACUAGAUGAUAAGGUGUUAGCUUUGCUAAGUCUGAAUCAUCUUUUUCUGUAAUGUGAGCUUUAGCAAAAUGAAUUACAUGAAGGGAGAGGAAUUCACUUUAGCCUUAGGCAGAAACAACAGCAGCAAAGUGAAAU